GCCCACCUCACUAGCUCUUCGCUGUGCUGUUUGUUUGCAUCGAUACCUAAAUCAGUAUAAUGGCUGCGACGCUAGGCAAGUGGCAGUGCUGCCCUGAGCUCACGACGGGAUUCGCGGACUUUAUGGACGCUAUCGGGGCAUUGGAUGAAGAGCGGAAGGCAUCCCAGGGUUCGCCAUUCACAAUGGAGAUGUCCCGUGACGGUGACACUUGGGACGUGGACGUGUUUUACCCAAACAACGCAGCUUUCUCCCGGAAAUACUCGUUUAAGUCCGGCGUGGAGUUCAACUACCCCGGACACUCCCCUGGCCACGCAGUGACGGGCGUGGUCGUAGUCGACGGUGACGUGCUGACCAGCAAGAUGAAGUUUUCGAUCGAUGGCGAGGUGAAGCGGGAGUGGGAGACAGACACACGGGUAGUCGGAGACUACCUGGAAUACAAAAGCAUAUUCAAGGGAAAGGAGAUGGUUCACAAGCUAAAGAAGAUAUGACGUGUUUGCACGGGCUCCGCGUGAGAUUUAGGAGCAUGCACUCGUCUCACCUAGACAUUGGUCACGUGCUAACGCUGCCGAGAAUCGAACUGAAAGAAAUUGCCGACAUUUCUGCCUUCUGUGUUUUCUCAAAUAUCGAAUCUAUGCAAACGUGUGUUCAUAAAUAUGCAUACGCUUAUUGUCUGUCAUACUUUAAGAUGUCUAGUUCUACGAAGACAUUUUGCUUAUGAAGAUAUCAAUAAAAUCGACUUGCAUGUAUACUGUUAUAUUCAUGUAAUUGUGUUUUACUAUGCAGAAGAAAAUGAAUAGGUAGAACCUGACGCUGGAGCUAUCUGUCCAAGUUUGCAACGAUACUAAUUCAUUUCCUCGUGGGUGGGUCUCUCACCCUUGUUUCAAAAUGCCUAUGAUUUUUUAUGACGUCACUUCGAGUGUUUUGGGUGUACAUGUAUAGGCCAGACAAAUGUAAUUACAUUUUUACGGAUUCUAAUCGCAAAUACCUUAAGGAAAGAGGGAAAAACUAAACAUAAAAAUAGCUUUUGGUUUUAAUGAAGCAGCGAUCCGGUUUGCUAGACUUGCCCUGGUCUAAAUCGAUCAGCGAUCACUCCUCACUUACAUCCAGUUUGCUAGACUUGCCUUGGUCUUUAUCUAGCUGCGAUCUCCCCUCGCUUACAUCCAGGCUGCUAGACUUGCCCUGGUCUUUAUCUAGCUGCGAUCUCCCCUCGCUUACAUCCAGGCUGCUACCCUUGCCGUGGUCUAAAUCUAGCAGCGACCGUCCUCUCGUUUACAUCAAAUUUGCUUGAAUUGUCCUGGUCUAAAAAUAUAGCAAAAAGCAAUUGUUAUAUUAUGACUGAAUUCUUCUUUUGUUUAGUGAAACGCUGUCCGUUCGCUUCAGGUGAAGUCUUCAUUGAGCAGGUUGUCAACAUGCCAGUGUAACUGCUCACUUGGACUGUAUACAAUGGCUAAAACCAGACAGGUGUGUUUCUUGUAUAUAAAACGUUAACGCCGGACAGUAAACAGUCUUGAUAGUCCGUGGAAACUGGUUCCAGUUGGCGUAAAAGGCAAAAUAGCUGUGAAAAAUAUAUGAAUGGAUUACUGAAGAUCAGUGAUGACACCAGGUGUUCGCGAAAAGGUUAACCUGUCCUGUCCUACCUUUAGCAAGUAAUAAAACAAGUGAGUGAUUGAGUAUGGUUUUACGCCGCUUUUAGCAAUAUUCCAGCAAUAUCACGGCUUGGGACACCAGAAAGUAACUGCAUCAGUCUGACUUAACAAACAUUUGGAAAGAUGGUAUUUUUAUGCAAAUGGUAACGUAAUUCCAGGUCUUGAUAGGCUGGAUAGAAAGCUCCAUCGUUGCGUGUGAAGUCUGUAAAACACGGAACGGACGCCCCCCACCGCUAGUCAGUUUUAUUGACAUCACAUUGUGUAGACGUGUUGUUAGUUGGUAUUGUGUGCUAUGUGCCAUUGUUAAAUAAACA